AUGUACACACGAAAACAAUUGACUCUUCAGCAACGGGCAAUCGCUGGAUUUCUUUCACGUAACACUCCAAUGGAUGUAAUCUCUCGAAGGUCUUUCCAAGAAUAUGCGUAUGGCAAUGUAUGGAUCGCGUUAGCAACAGGGCCGCGUGUCAACGCAAUUGAUGCACGAGCAAAAUUUUCAAUGAGCAGAUGUACGCGAAUUUUACAUCUUUUGGACCGCUGCGAAUUAAUCUUUGCGUGA